GGGAGGGGCCGGGACGCCGGCGCGUCGGUGCCGACGGUCUCCAGGCGGGAGCGAAGAGGAGGUGAACUCCUCUGGUCCGCUGUGCAGCCUGUGGGAAGAUGCAAGCCGUUGGCCUUCCUUUGCUUCAGCUAUAAACUUUUUGAAAGGACUUCACUUAGCACAGUGCCCAGGGAGCAAAGCAGAAUCCAGACGGUUUGGAAGCACUUGGAAAAUGUGUGUUCUUCUAAUUGAAGCCUUUUAUGGUGGUUCCCACAAACAGCUGAUGGAUCUUCUCCAGGAGGAGCUACAAGAAGACUGUGUCCUCUGUACACUCCCUGCCAAGAAGUGGCACUGGAGAGCACGGACUGCUGCUCUCUAUUUCAUGCAAACAGUGCCAAUAAAUCCUAAUUACAGGAUCCUCUUUGCAAGCUCGGUGCUUAACCUGGCUGAACUCACUGCCCUCCGCCCUGACCUUGGCAAAUUGAAAAAGGUCCUCUACUUCCAUGAGAACCAAUUGGUAUAUCCUGUCCAGAAAUGCCAGGAAAGGGAUUUUCAAUAUGGAUACAACCAGAUUCUUUCAUGCUUGGUUGCUGAUGUUGUGGUGUUCAACUCUGCUUUUAAUAUGGAAUCGUUUCUUACAUCCAUUGGAAAAUUUAUGAAGCUGAUUCCUGACCACAGACCUAAGGAUUUGGAAGAAAUAAUCAGACCAAAGUGCCAAGUUCUUUAUUUUCCAGUCAGGUUUCCUGAUGUGAGCAGGUUCAUGCCAGAACAUAAGCUUGCCCAUUUUGAAAAAGUAAUUGGUGUUAAAAGAAAUGAAGAUGCUUAUCAAACGGUGGGUCUGCCUUUCCAGCAGAAGUGCAGAGUUUUAAUGAAAACCAGCAAUGCAGCUAGCAAGUCUGGACUUUGUGAAGCCCAGCCUAGACUUCAUGCCACACAGCACGAGGGGCUGCCUUCCACAUUAACAGCAGUGGCGAGAUUGAAUGAGUCUGAAGCAUCAGAAAGUACAAAUCCUUAUCAAGAAGAAGAUAAGCAACAUCUGACUUUUAAACUUUCUAAUAUCUUGAGUGGACAGGACUAUCAGCAAAGACCUUUGCACAUUGUCUGGCCUCACAGGUGGGAACAUGACAAAGGUCCAGAAACUUUCUUUGAAGUCCUGCUGAAACUGAAAGAAAAAGAUCUACCUUUUCGUGUGUCCGUUCUUGGAGAGGCUUUCAGUGAAAUUCCAGAUAUCUUUUCAGAGGCCAAAAAACUGUUGGGAUCUUCUGUUUUGCACUGGGGCUACUUACCCACAAAGGAUGACUAUUUCCAAGCUCUGUGCAUGGCUGAUGUUGUCAUCUCGACAGCUAAACAUGAAUUCUUUGGCGUGGCAAUGGUUGAAGCUGUAUAUUGUGGCUGUUACCCACUGUGUCCCAAAUCCUUGGUGUACCCAGAGAUAUUUCCAGCUGAAUAUCUGUAUUCUACACCUGAACAGCUUUUUAAAAGGCUUCAGAAUUUCUGCAAGAGACCCGAUAUUGUGAGGAAACAUCUUUAUAAGGGCGAGACGGCUGGGUUUUCUUGGGCAGCGCUCGGCAGUAAAUUCAGGUCUCUGCUCGCAGCAGAACCGAGGGAAGAUUUGUGACAGAUGGGGCUAAGUCACAAACUUGCAGCCUCAGGCAGAAUUGUGGAAGUUUCCAGAGUGUGCCCAUAUUUACCUGAUCAGAGAGAAAAGAAAAUCUGCAGAGGAAGCCGAGCCUGGCUGCUUGUCAUAGCUGACACAGAGCCAUCUGCCACAAACCUGUGGCGGCUUCAGAUCUCCAAUCCCUGCCACCACCCCAGCUCAAAUUAAAUACAGAUUCUUAGAGAUGUUAUGAUGGUUACACAUGUCCUCGGCAUCACAUGCAGGAGACUGUUCAAAAAAAAUAUGUGGCCUGUUGUGUAACCGCACUCAUGUAUCCCAUAUGUGGUGCCACAUUGAAUUUCCGGUUGAAUCUGUUUUUAUCCUUUGUACUGGAUGACAUGGUGCCUGAAUUCUUUCUUUUCGCCGACACGAUGGCAGCCAAGCUGCAGCUUCAAACGCUCACACUUGGCUGAGUUUCUACCUAGGUUGCCAGGUUAUCAUUGGAGCCUUAUUGUGUCCUCAAAGGGCCACAGGGCCUGAAAGGAGGAUACGAAUGCUGCCGGACUAAUUGGGCAGCCAUGUCCGGGUUGUUUGGAGGCAAAGGGCUGCUUUAGCACUCUUUUUUUUCCUUUUCUCUCUUUUUUUUUUUUUCCAAAUUAAUGGCUCUCUGGCACAGGGGUUUUUAAGUGAAGGUAUUAAUAAGGGAUCUGGCAGGUAAUCCCAUGAUUCAUGGAGUUACAUUUGCAUUUAAUUAAUCUUAAAGAAAGCUGAAAGAUAAACAGCUGUAAUUCAGACUAGCAUGGGAAAUAUGCUACAUGGUGCCAUCUAUCCGAUUAAAUGAAAGCCAAGACACUUGUUUUAUUUCUCUCAAGGAUGGAGAACAAACAGAUAACAAUCAAAAUACUUCCAAUAAAAACCAGUAGUUUAAAUGUAAUGGCAGUUCAUCAAGAAUCUUUGCAUCCAGUUGCAAAUACAGUCUUUUAAAGAUAAAUCACUUAUGAUUCCAGCAGUCAAGCUGGUAUAUUUGUUGAUGUAAAAUGUUUUGAAGAUGUAGAUUGUACAAUAAAUUUUUAAUAAAGUGCCCACUGCAAUUUUUAA